UCUUCUCUGCAUUUCCACCUCUUCCUCUCUUCUCGCCGACUCAUCCACUAUCGAGCCGGCGCUUCUCUCCCGAUCCCUCUAGCAUCUUCUCCGCACCGCCAAACCCAAGCCAAUCAAAUCCUCAUCGAAAUCCAAAUCCAUGUCUGAUUUUUCAGGGGCCUCCCCAGUCUUAGACUUGUGACUUAUUUGCAGAGAGAGAUGGGCAUUUCUCCGGUGAGGCCACCGCGCAUUAUAAAGUAUCUAAAGCCUUAUGUUCUGAAAAUGCACUUCACAAACAAAUUCGUAACUGCCCAAGUAAUCCACACUCCAACCGCCACAGUAGCCUCUUCUGCAAGCUCCCAGGAAAAGGCCUUGAGAGAAAGCAUGGAGAUACGCCGCGACGUUGCUGCUGCUGCAAAGAUAGGGAAGAUAUUAGGGGAGCGCCUCCUGCUCAAGAACAUCCCUGCUGUAUCCGUCCAGUUGAAGAAAGAGCAGAAAUAUCAUGGUAAGGUUAAAGCUGUCGUCGAUAGUGUGGUGGAAGCCGGUGUAAAACUCCUCUGAUUUCGACUGCGAGUAUUAGUUCAGUUUUAGUUUUUUUAAUUGUGAUCAUGAACACCAUUGGAAAUUCAAAUUCUGAUUGUUGAUGCAAUAGAGACUUCUUUCAGAAA